GACAGCCUCGCGCUGCAUGCCGGGAUAUAUCACGCUCUUGUUUACAAGAUGGUAGAACAAGGUGUUGUUCUCUGACUUCACAACAAACAGUGUUUUCUCUUCCUUGCGCUGACAGAGUAGUCCUGUUCAGGCGUGUAAAAGUAAGUUGUUUUUUUCUUGUUUGUUUUUUAAACGAACUGUGGGAAACCUGAGAGAAGAGGCGUCGGCAGCAGCUGUCAGACUGAAGGGACUUUUCUUUUUUUGAUUUUGCACUGUCACUGACAGACACGCACGCGGGACUAUCUUUAAAAUCACAGAGGACUGUCCUCCAGGCCUGCAGACGGGUAUCUGAAUCCAGCCGAAUGAACAGAGCGACUGCAAAGAAACUAAUUGAGCGCUACUUUCAGCAGUUAACUGAAGGCUGUGGAAAUAGCAACUGCAGCAAUGAGUUCUGCGCAUCGUGUUGUGAUUCUCAACCUCUGGAUAGCAAUGCUGCAGCUGCCAAAGCGCUUGAGCUGUUUAAGAUUAAUGCCAAACUCUGUGAUUAUUAUCCUUCUGUCAAGUCCAGCACCGACAGCAGCACUCAGAUGGGCAGUAUGAUGAGCGUUGACGAUUUCUCAGAUGUUCACUACCUCACCGAGCACACUAUCUGCAGGAUUUUGAGUUUCUGUGACGAAGAAGGGGAAUAUUCUGCUCUCAUCCGUAUCAUCGGAAGGAUUUUCUCCAAUGCGGAAGCCCUGAUGAAGAGUUUCAAGAAGGAUGAAGUAGGUGUUGCUAAAAAUCCACCAGAUGAGGAGAAACCUAAUGAGCAAAGCUCAGAGAAGAAAGGCGCCUCCUCUGAUGCUGCUUCGCCGGAUGAGGCUCCCAACGGAAUGCUGGACUCAGGCGAGGUAACCGUAGACAUCGACGCAGUUCGGAGAGUCUACGACCGACUUCUGUCCAUCGACCAGGUGGAGUCUGCUCUUGUGAAUUCGCUCAUUUAUCUCACCCCAAACGUGGAACUUGACCUUGAAUAUCUGAACGUGUACGAAACAAACCCAAAUUACCUGAACAUCUUCAUCAUAGUGAUGGAGAACAGUAACCUUCACAGCCCCGAGUACCUGGAAGUGGCGCUACCGCAGUUCUGCAAGGCCAUGAGCAAACUGCCGGUGGCUGCUCUCGCUCGGCUGUCGAAGCUCUGGUCGACGUACAGUCUCCCGCAGAUCCGCCGCAUGAUGGAGACCUUCCAGCAGCUCAUUACUUUCACAGUCGUUAGCAAUGAAUAUGAUGGUGAAAAUCUGGUAAAUGAUGACGAAACGGUGGUGGCUGCGACCCAGUGCCUAAAGGUGGUCUUCUACGCAAGCAUCCUGGGAGGGAAUGUGGACGUAGAGCACAACGAAGAGGAGGACGAUGAGUCAGACUCAGAUGAGCUGACGCUGCACGAGUUGCUCGGUGAGGAACGGCUCUAUAAGAAGGGCCCAAGGAUCGACCCCUUGGAGAAAGAACUGGCCAUCCGUUCAAUAGAUAGCAUACGGCCCCUCAUCCCCUUCGAAGAUUUCAUCAACGACUCGCUAAAUGAUGUGGUUGAGAUGGACAAAGAUUUCACCUUCUUUAAAGUCAACGCCGAAACGAAAUUUUCCUUCCAGACCUGCCCCUUCAUCCUCAAUAUCAUCACCAAAAACCAGGGGCUGUACUACGACAACAGGAUCAGGAUGUACAGCGAGCGACGCCUCACAGCGCUCUACAGCAUGGUCCAGGGCCAGCAGCCCAACCCCUAUCUGAAACUCAAAGUACGCAGAGACCACAUCAUCGACGACGCUCUCGUCAGAUUGGAGAUGAUCUCCAUGGAGAACCCGUCCGACCUGAAGAAGCAGCUGUUUGUUGAAUUUGAGGGCGAGCAAGGUGUCGACGAAGGUGGAGUUUCUAAAGAGUUCUUUCAGCUCGUUCUGGAGGAAAUUUUUAAUCCAGACAUCGGAAUGUUCACUUAUGACGACGACACAAAACUUUUCUGGUUUAACUCAUCCUCGUUGGAGAAUGAAGCACAGUACACACUGAUUGGGAUCGUCCUGGGGCUCGCCAUUUACAACAACUGCAUCCUGGACGUUCAUUUUCCAAUGGUUGUCUACAGGAAGCUCGUGGGAAAGAAAGGGACCUACUUGGACCUGUCAGACUCACAUCCAGCACUUUAUCAGAGCCUGAAGGGAUUGCUCGAGUAUACCGGCAAUGUUGAAGAGGACAUGAUGCUCACCUUCCAGAUAUCACACACAGAUCUUUUUGGAAAUCCAGUAUUGUAUGACUUGAAAGAGCAGGGAGAAAAAAUCCCGGUGACAAAGGAGAACAGGCAGGAGUUUGUGGAUCUGUAUGCUGAGUACAUCCUGAACAAAAGUGUGGAGAGACAAUUCAAAGCCUUUAAAAAAGGUUUCAUGAUGGUCACGAAUGAGUCGCCGCUGAAAUAUCUCUUCAGACCAGAAGAAGUGGAGCUGCUAAUCUGUGGAAGCAGAAAACUUGAUUUUGAAGCACUUGAAAAGACGACAGAUUAUGAUGGAGGUUACAGCAAAGACAGCCAAAUUAUCAAAGACUUCUGGGAAAUUCUUCACUCUUUUGGAGAGGAGCAGAAAAGGCUGUUUCUUCAGUUUACCACCGGCACAGACAGAGCUCCAGUUGGUGGUCUUGGAAAAUUAAAGAUGAUCAUUGCCAAGAAUGGCUCCGACACAGACAGGCUACCAACUUCUCACACCUGCUUUAACGCAUUGCUGCUUCCUGAAUACUCCUCCAAGGAAAAACUGAGAGAGCGACUUCUCAAGGCCAUUACGUACGCUAAAGGGUUUGGGAUGCUGUGACAGAUCCAUAGAGAAAGUCUUCAGACUGCAUUUGAAGGAAAAAAGGGAUUCUCAUUAAACAAGAUGCUGCAAUAACCCUGUGCCUAAUUAAACUCCUGUAGAAUAACUCCACGCCGAGGUCUCACUCACUCCGUCACUUUCAUAGAUAUUAGACAUCCCAAAGAGUUUAAAAAGCACCUCAGUUAUUUAAUAUUUACCCGUUUUGUUUCAGAUAUAUGCAACAUUUGAUUUGCAAAACUGUGAAAGUACACUUAAACACAGCAGAUGUGUUACUUUUCUGAGUGGUGUCUAUACAACUUUACCAGUAUUCAGUCCUCGCUGGCCAUAACGGUGCUACUUGGCUACAGUUGUCAUAGUAACGUAUUGAGCUGAAAAAUAAGUGCUUUAACGUUACUGCUAAUCCAGGUAGCCUCACUGAAAAGCCUUUUUUUCUGCAAACUAUGAUUUAUUUUAUAGUUAAAACCUUUAUGCUGUGCCUCUUAUUUUAGAAAUGAAAUGAAAGCUGUUUUUUGUGAACCUGUUUAGUUUAGUUUUGAUUGUAGGCAGUUUUUAAAACAGGUCAGUUCUGACUUUCACAUCCUGAAAAGGGUUUCUCUUCUCGUGGUUUGUUUGCAAAAAGUCACUGAUUGCACAGUUGUACGUGCUGCUGCCAAAUGUGCACCAGGAGUCAUAUGAAAUGUUUUAUUUGGCCAAAUAUCUCAGGUAUAAAAUGUGCAGAUAAUGUGAAAUCUGUCUGUGAAGCCACUAUUCUGCAAAGAAAAUAAAGGUGGAAAAGAAA